UGAAAAAAAGGCAUGCGACCUUGAUCCUGCCACUUUGACACAGUCACGUCAUAUAGCUCGGACCAACUGUCAAAAUUCAAGUGGAACAUGUUGCUGCUACGAUGAAAGACAUCGCGGACAUUCCCAGCGCUCCCAAAGUGACUCCAUCGUUCAUAACCAGCGACUACAAGAUCAAAGAAUACAUCGCCAGGCAGUGCUGCGACCGUAUCGAGGACCUACUGCGAAGUACUUACGACGAAGAGGCACCAGCAGUCAUCGCUUCCCAGAAGUGCUCCCAGGGCACGCAGACCCUGAGGUCGAGUGGGAAAAAAGGAUCUAAGGACAAGGAGAAAGUAGACGCACCAGAGAGAGACAAUAAAAACUGUCGCUGGCAAAUAAAGCGGUUUUAAAGUAUUUUUUGGGCGUUGAAAUUCCGUAUAAACUUUAUAGUUUAUUAAUAAUAAUAAUGGAGAGAGGCUGUUACGUUGUCUUAGCAGGAAAUCGGGUUUGUAGUAGGUGAUUCAUUUGUGAAAAGUCUCUUCAGGAUAUGGUCGAAAUCCGGAGGCUAAAAUCGAAGGUAUCAAAAGUUUACGAGUUGGUAGAUGGACCAGAAGAUCAUCCGCUCUUCGGGAUCGGUAAUCGAGAACUUGAACAGAACGACAAUAACCCAGAUGACCUGUCUGAAGAUAUAGAAAAUUUCAAUUUGGAUUUUGCCGAGCAUUCAGAGGAAAACCCAGCAGAAGAAAGGCCAGAUCCCACUUCUGAAAUUGAAACAGUACGCAAACUACAGGAGAUUCUGGCCCACAUCGCUUACUGCUUAGCGACGCUUUUGCACGAUACUGAUGCGAUGGACAGGAGCGUCUUCAGCAUACACGAUAGGAGUCGUCCUCCAGUUCUCCCAGACCUAAACGGAGACGACAUUGAAGCAGCUGGUGGGGACCUUCCCGUAGACGUCCGCUUGAUAGCCCUACUGUUGUCUCAAGGUGACAACCGUCACGUGGAGGAACUGCUACGUACAGUCCAUCAAAAUGUCAUUGUCAACGUCAAUCUCUCGUACUACUUCAAAGUCAUGAUUUUUUUGUUAACGUUCAAUACUCUACUGUUGUUCAAGUGGAUGCUAUGGGAUACACUUCCUUCUAUCUUAGAUUGAGGUUGUCAUUGUACUGAAGUAUGUUUUGUUGCGUUGGAUUGUUUGAAUAAAUAAAGGUGUUUGAAGUGGUUAUUUUUUAUCAAAACUUGCACGAUUAUGCUCUACA